AUUUUCACAAGCUGUUAAAAUGUGAAGAUUAAAACAUACAUUUAAGUGAGGGGAAAAAAUAAUGCUUCAAAGGAGGAAUUCAUCUCGGAAAAAAAGAUUGGAAGUGCUCGGCAGCCCACUUUUAAAUGAUUUUAUGUGAUAAAAGACAGGAACGUGAGAUCACCAGCGGGAAGAAACAGGGAGACCCUGCGCUUCUCCGAAUCCCAGAUUUACCCCGCUAAAGUUCACAGCUUUGUACUGUUUUUUAUGAACACCUCCCUUAACUCUGGCACUGAUCUCCCAGGAUCCCCAGUGGAUAUCCCGGGAUCCUCACGGAUAUCCCGGGAUCCACACCGGGAGAGCCCGAGGAGCUGCCCCAGCGAAGCGGGCUGCAUUUCAAGCACCUGAGGACGCGCAUCACCGAGGUCAUUUCACCUGAUAAAACCCGGCUUUUUAAAAGCGCGGAAACAAACUGUUCCCAGAUCGUUUCGGGAGCGCUUUUUUUGCGGAUUCGGGCCGAUUUAAGGCGGGAUUGGGGGUUUUUGAGGGUUUUUUCCCCGGUUUGUGGGAACGCCCUGCCCGCACUCAAGAUGGCGGCGGCGCUGAGGCGCUGAGGCCGCGGCCGCCAUGGCGGGAACCAGCGGCGGGCUCUUCCCAGGUAUCCGGCUCCAAAUCCCGUGGCUGCACUCAAAAUGCAGGAGAGGAUGGCGGCUGUGCCGGUGGCACAAGGAGCGAAGCGGAACAUUGCCAGAGGAUGGUGAGGGCUGCUCCUGAGGCAGCCUGGAAUUCCUCGGGGGAGGAGCCUUCCCUGCGCUGUCCCGAAGGAUGGAGAAGAGGAAAAUCCUGAUGAAGUCCAAGGUUGCUGCUCCCAACCUCCUGAGGGCUCUGCAUUCCCUGUACCGGCUCGGGCACCUCUGCGACGUGACGGUCCUCACCCAGCACCUGGGAAUUCAGGAGGAAUUCCUGGCUCACAAAGCCGUCCUGGCAGCUUCCAGCAACUACUUCAGGGGGCUUUUCCUGCACCAGGAGACGCUGGACACCCAGAAGUGCACGGUGACCCUGCAGGACAUCUACACCGAGGAGUUCACCUCCUUCCUGGAGUUCGUCUACACGGCAGAGGUGGAGAUCGAGGCGGGAAAGCUCCAGCGGAUGAAGGAAAUAGCGGAAAGGCUGGAAUGCAAGGAUUUGCUGGACAUCUGUGAAGAAGUGAAGGCAGAGGGCAGGAAGGGCUUGGAUUUGAGCCUCCGCCUGAAAGGGCGGAGGGGUGAGAACGGGGGAUCGCAGUGGCCUGGCAUCCAGCAAGAGGAGAACCCCAGGAACUCCGCCCAGGUCGUGGCAAUUCCCAUGCAGAGGAAACUUUGGGAUAGGCAGAAGCAUCAGGAGCUGCUGCCGGAGCUCAUGGGAGGCCAGGCGGGAGGCCUGGAGCGGGAGGCCGCAGCUUUCCCAGCCCCCAAAUCCAGGCCGGCAAAGCCGCCCAAGUGCAACGAGCCUCGUUCCCCAUCGGGACUGGGUGUGGCCAUCAGCAGCCUGGAACACCAGGAUGGCCGUUCCCUGGGCGAGGGGCAGGAGCGGAAGCGGGAAUGCCAGGCGUGUCCCUACUGUGACGAGGCCAUCGGCUCCGAGCGCGGCCGGACGCGCGGCGGGGACGGGCCCUACCGGGGCUUCGCCCACGGGGCCGCCUGCACCUCCCACCUCAGGAAAAUCCACGAGUCUGGGCAAGAGAGGAAACUCCUGCCUGUCUACUGGAUGGUGGUUCCACCUCCACACGGCCCAAACCCCACAGGCCGUGGCAGAGAUCCCGACGGAGAGACUCGGGAUGGGACACCGGAAACCUCGGGGCGUGAGGAAGACCCCGGGAAUUCCUCUGUUGCUGAAGCAGAAAGGAGCAAGGAGCAAGAGGAAUCCCAGGAAGCUGAAGGAGGGAAUGAGGAUGAAGGUGGAAUGAGUGUGAAGGGCGAGGAGCAGGGAGAAUACGACGCGGGAUACUCGGAAGUUGAAGGAAGCAGAGCCAACGAGGAAUGUCACGAGGAGGAGGAGCAGGAGGAGGAGGAAGCCUCAACAGAGAAGGACAGCAGAGAACCCGAAGCGGGGUUCAAGCUAAAGAAGGCCGGUAAAAGCGUGGCCAGCAAGAAAUCCGUGUGUGUGAUCCAGUGUGACAAGUGCCAGGAGCAGUUUGUUUCGCGGAAGCAGUACGUGGAUCACUGCCGGGACGCGCACCAGAGCCUGCCCGGCAAGGCCUACCGCUGCGAGCUGUGCGGCAAGGCCUUCGCCAGCUCCACCAGCUGCAAGGAGCACCGCGCCUGCGUGCACAGCGAGGAGAGGAGGUUCUCCUGCGGCCUCUGCCAGGCCACCUUCAAGAGGAAGCGGGAUGUGAGGAGCCAUUCCGUGCGGAAGCACGAGGGCAGGGCCAAGCGGCCGCUGUGCUCCGUGUGCGGCAAGAUGCUGAGCUCCCGCACGGCGCUGGUGCUGCACAUGCGGACGCACACCGGCGAGAAGCCCUACGAGUGCGCCGUGUGCCGCUCCAGGUUUGCUCAGCCGUCCCAGCUCAAGAUCCAUACCAGAUCCCACACUGGGGAGAAGCCCUACAUUUGUGAGGACUGCGGCGCUUCCUUUGCCGACAGAGGAAAACUCACCGGCCACAAAAGGACACACACAGGAGAGCGGCUCUUCGGCUGCGACGUGUGCGGGAAGCACUUUGCCACCAACGAGUACCUCAAGUGCCACAAGCGCUGCCACCUGGGAGCCAAACCCUACAGCUGCCAGGUGUGCGGGAAAACCUUCGGCCUCAGAGCCUCCCUGGCCCAGCACAGCAAUGUCCACGCAGAGAGGCGUCCCUAUUUCUGCGAGCAGUGCGGCAAGGCCUUCACGCAGCCGGGAGCUCUGCGGCGCCACCAGCGCAUCCACACCGGAGAGAAGCCCUACAAGUGCCGGGCCUGCGACAGGACCUUCACCGACAUGUCCACCCUGCGCCGGCACGCGGCGAUCCACGACCGCAACGCUCACUGGAGGAGCUUCUUGAUCGACCUCACACAGAAGAAACACCACAACUGGUCCAAGAUCCAGACUCUGGCGGAGGCGCAGCCAGGACGGGAUCCCACGCCGGCAAUUUGCUCUCUGGGCCACGGGCAGCUUCACAGAGCACCGAGGGCCAAAGCAGCAGCAGCAGCAGCAGCAGCAGGCGGCGUGAGCCCGGGGCCUGGGGACAGUGGCGGCGCUGAGCCCUCCCUUUUGUACUUAUAAACUCCUU